AUGGAUCAGAAACAGUCGAAUUCCGAAAAAGGCAACGGAAAAACCAAAACUCCUAAACGUAAUCCAGAAACCGAAAGUAAAGUUAAAUAUUUGACAAAGAAAUCAAAAACGCGAAAUAGAAGGGAACGACAAAACAAAAUUUACAGGACCCCGCCAACACCAAGCCCCAGUGAACUUCUGAAGAAAGAGAAGACGUUCAUUUUGGAUUGUAAUGCCACCAGUAGCAUCUCGCAAGACUACAGCGGCACCAACCCCAAGCUGGGCCCUGUCAUCCCGCCGUACAACUCACAGAGAGACAAACACGUGGGGGCCUAUUUCAAGUUUUGGGGGGUGGGUCGCACUUUAAAGAAAACUGGCCAGUUCAAAGACAAUGCUACGUCUAUCGAAGGACCAGUAUCCGACAGGUUUCAUCAGAAAGGUCCUGGGUUCGAGUACUUAUCAUUGAGAAAUCAGUCUGGUGCAGGUCACUCACAGGAAACUAUUGACGGACAUGCGCAGUUCAUGAAAGGAAUCACCAGCGUUUCUGGGUACAACGGCAGAUUUGGCUUCCGGCGCAAUACACCUUGGUUGAGGAAAACGCCUACGCAGUUCGGGCAGCAUAUUAUCUUUCCCACUCAUUAA